AUGAAUUUUUCAGACAAUGAGGCGGAUGACACAUCAAGCGUUGAAAGCACCUCAACUACAGACAAUACAUCUCGUAGUGAGACCCCUACUAAUUCACGUGUAAAGAAACGCCGGCGCGGUAAGAAGAAAGUAACGAAACAAGUCAAACCACCAUACAAGUUUAAUUGUAGUGCAAAAGAGGACCAUGGACAACCAUUGUUUGGUUGUCAAUUUAACCACCAUUUGGGAGAUGGAGAACCAAAUAUAUUUGCUGUAGUAGGAAGCAACAGAGUGUCUAUUUAUGAAUGCCCAGAGUCAGGAGGAUUUAAAUUCCUGCAGUGCUAUGCUGAUCCCGAUGUUGAUGAAACAUUUUACACAUGUGCAUGGUCCUAUGAAGAAGAAACUAACCUACCCCUUUUAGCUGUUGCUGGGUCAAGAGAUUUCUCAACGCGUGACAUACACAGGAAUUAUGUUGAUUGCGUAAGAUGGAUGGGUGAUUUAAUUUUAUCUAAGUCUUGUGAGAACGCUAUAAUUUGUUGGAAGCCUGGCCGCCUGGAGGAUGCGGAGCCCAGGCCGGGAGAUGCGGCUGUCACCGUUGUGCACCGCUUCGACUAUAAGGAAUGCGAGAUUUGGUUCAUACGCUUCGCAGUCGACUACAGCCAGCGGGUGAUAGCGUUGGGCAACCAGUGCGGGAAGACGAUGGUGUGGGAACUUGGCAACGUGGCGGGUGGUUCGCGCGUCUCGCAGCUGGUUCACCCGCGGUGCGUUGCCGCAGUGCGACAGGUCACGCUGUCGCGUAACGGUACAGUGCUGUUGACUUGCUGCGACGACGGCACCAUCUGGCGAUGGGACCGGGUCAACAACAGGAACAAU